UGCGUGUUGUGGGGAGACAGAGUUAUCAUCCCAGGAAGACUACAAAAUAAAGUCCUGAAACUACUGCAUGAUGGACACCGGGGCAUCGUGCGAAUGAAGGCACUAGCAAGGAGCUACGCAUGGUGGCCAGGUAUGGACAGACAAAUAGAAACCUGGGUGGCCACCUGCAACAAGUGCCAGGAAACACGUUCGGCUCCACCAAAAGCCCCACCAACAGAAUGGGAAACGCCCAGAGGUCCUUGGUCCCGUAUCCACAUCGAUUUUGCGGGACCUGCCAAAGGACAUACAUUUCUCAUAACAGUGGAUGCCUAUUCAAACUGGCUCGAGGUCCACAAAAUAAAGAGCACCACCACAGAGGCAGUCGUUAAAAAAUUAAACAGACUAUUUGCUACACAUGGCUUACCAGAUGUCUUGGUUUCAGACAAUGGCCCGCAAUUUACUGCUUUGGUGUUUGAACAGUACCUAGCAGACCGGGGGAUACGCCACGCCUUAACAUCGCCUGCUCACCCUGCGGCCAAUGGUAGGGCUGAACGCAUGGUCCAGUUCACAAAGAAAACAUUACACAAAAUGGAGCAAGGAAACAUCCAUGACAAAGUCACCAGGAUGCUUCUCCUUUAA